AACAUGGCUGCGCCCGCUGUAGCCGGCGCUUGGUUAUCCCGCUGUCGCUUUUUGCUGCUGCUGGGGCUGGCGGUGGCCGCUGGGGAGGCAGAGCCCGGUGGGGACUGCGGGUGCAGCGCCAGCCGGAGCCGCGGUGACGCGCGGGAGGCGGCGGCGCGGCGGUACUCGGCGGUAGUGAGUGGCGGACGGAGCGCUGGGCGCGGACCGAUGGUUGCUAUUCCAGGAGGAGUGUUUACAAUGGGCACUGAUGAGCCUGCAAUACAGCAAGAUGGAGAGUGGCCUGCUAGAAGAGUUCACAUUAACAGUUUCUACAUGGAUCAGUAUGAGGUCAGCAAUGAGGAAUUUGAGAGAUUUGUGAAUUCUACUGGGUACGUUACUGAGGCAGAGAAAUUCGGCGAUUCCUUUGUGUUUGAGGGAAUGCUGAGUGAAGAAGUGAAGGCUGAUAUCCACCAAGCAGUUGCAGCUGCUCCUUGGUGGUUGCCUGUGAAGGGAGCCAACUGGAAGCACCCAGAAGGUCCUGACUCUAGUAUCUCCAACAGAAUGGAUCAUCCAGUUCUUCAUGUUUCCUGGAAUGAUGCUGUGUCAUUCUGCACAUGGGCAGGGAAGCGGUUACCAACUGAGGCUGAAUGGGAAUACAGCUGUCGAGGGGGCCUGGAAAAUAGGCUUUUCCCAUGGGGCAACAAGCUUCAGCCAAAAGGUCAACAUUAUGCCAAUAUCUGGCAGGGAACCUUCCCGACUAAUAACACUGCAGAAGAUGGAUACAAAGGAACUGCGCCUGUCACUGCAUUUCCUCCCAAUGGAUAUGGCUUGUACAACAUUGUAGGGAAUGCCUGGGAAUGGACGUCUGACUGGUGGGCUGUUCAUCAUUCAACAGAUGAAGUUCACAACCCUAAAGGGCCCUCAUCAGGGACAGACAGAGUGAAGAAGGGUGGAUCCUAUAUGUGCCAUAAGUCUUACUGCUACAGGUAUCGCUGUGCAGCCCGUAGUCAAAACACUCCUGACAGCUCUGCUUCCAACCUGGGAUUCCGCUGUGCAGCAGACACCUUGCCAGAGCUACAGUGACUAUAGUGUACACUACGGUGUCACACCGAGACAGCAAGGGCUGAAUUUCACCCAUGGAAGAAGAGAGAUGUGGAGUAGCACUUGCU